AUGCGUGCAAGUUCCAUUGAUAUUCAUCCGAAUGCAAAAUGGGCACAGAAUGGAAUCACUGUUGCUGGAGGAAAUGGACGAGGCAAUGAAACCAAUCAACUCUCUUGGCCAUGGAGUUUGUACGUCGAUGAUGAUCAAACGAUUUAUGUCGCUGAUUAUUAUAAUCAUCGUAUUGUGGAAUGGAAAUCUGGUGCAACGAAUGGAACAGUAGUUGCUGGUGGAAAUGGAUAUGGAAAUGGAGCACAUCAAUUAAAUCGCCCAGUAGAUGUGAUUAUCGACAAAGAUAGCGAUAGUCUCAUCGUCAGCGAUUACGGGAAUGACAGAGUAGUUCGUUGGUCUCGUCGAAAUGGUACUUGUGGAGAUACAAUUAUUUCGAAUAUCGCUUGCUGGGGUUUGACAAUGGACGAAAAUGGUUCUCUCUAUGUCAAUGACGAUGAAAAACAUGAAGUGAGACGAUAUAAAAUUGGUGACACUCAAGGAACAGUAGUUGCAGGUGGCAAUGGAAAAGGAAAUCGUCUCGAUCCCCAUGUCAUGAGAAUCACCGCGAUUUUCGCGAUUUUCUAA